AACUUUCCUGAUUUUGUUUUAUCUUAGCGAAUUUCACACAAAUCCAAUGUUGUUUUAUUCCUGUUUGAGGUUCUGAUAGGCCACACCUGCCCCGGGAUGGCCCGGUUCAGCAGGUAACCUGAGCGCCAGCGUGUGUUCAACACCGGUGCUGUGGAAGGCGGCGGGUUUCUGAAUCCUGCAGAGAUCCUGCAGUAAAAUGAGAGAAAGCUGCAGGAUUGCAGAGAGGGAGCACCAGCUGCAGUGGUGCUGACCCAUGGAGGUGGCAGAGAAGAUUUUAAAGUCCUUUAGGAGGACGGAUCAGGGGGAACAGAUGGAGGACAGCGGAUCCAGAGCCAAAAGAAAACGGUUUGAUGAAGAAGAAAUAUGCAGAGUUUCAGCUGUAGCUGCCUUGAAGGACUUGGUUCUGAAAACACUGACUGAUCUGAAAGAGCACGAGUUCCAAAAAUUCAAAUGGUUCCUGCAGCUGACUCAGUUCCAGAAGGGUCUUCCACAAAUCCCAUGGAGCGUGAUGGAGUUUGCAAACAGGGCAGAGUUAGUGAAUAGGAUGUGGAGAACGUGUGGAGAUCGGUAUCUGCAGGUGACCCACGAGGUUCUGAUGGACAUGGAAUGGUCCGAUCUGGUAGAAGACCUUCUAGUGGAAAGUUCAAGCUUUAAAGUUGAACCCCUUGUGGAGGAUUUUUGGUCUGAACUGAAGCAGGAAGUAAAAGACACAGAGUCUGUUGUAAAGCUGCUGCUGGAACAGCUGGCUGAUCUGACUUUCCGGGAUGUAAAAGCUAUCCAGAACAUCCUUAGUUGGGAUCAGUGUAACGGUCCAUAUUUAAGCAUCUCAUGGAGGUUGCUGGGCAUGAAGGCGGGUCUGCAGGAAACCGUGCUUUUGAUGGUGCAGACCUACAGCCACAACCCCGUGGACAAGAUUGAAGAACUGUUUGCCAAGAUGGAGAGGCCCGAUCUGGUGUUCAGCCUGACAGAAUACGUAGAAAAGAAAUGCUUUGAGAGGAAACGGAGCUCCGCUCUGAUCCAGAAAGUGGCAAUAAUGGCAGUUGUCAAAAAGCUGCUUUUGGAAACAUUCAGCUGUCUGAAUAGGUCAGAGUUUCAAGUAUUUAAGAAACUCCUGCAGCGGAUGGUUUAUCAGGAGCGUAUGUCAGAAGUAACGGGUUGGAGCGUGACAGAAAUUAAAAGCAAAAGCGAUCUGGUGGAUGUGAUGGUGGAGGAGCUGGGGCCGAGGGCUGUGGAGGAAACCAGGAAAGUCUUUAUGGAUAUGAACAGAACCGAUCUGCUAAAGAUGCUUCCACAGACCAGCUCUGGGAUCAAAGGGCAAACUCGAGAUGACUGCGAGGGACCUGAAUUUAAACCUGAUGAACUUUCACCAAGUUUGGAUCUGGUGGAUUGUAAAAGUGCCGAGCAGGACUCCUGCAGCUGGACCAAAGUUGACCCUGAGGAGGACUGGACAUCUCCAGACGAAGCUCCAACCUACCGCCUCCGGUCUGAAGCGGGCCACUUUGAGUGUCGGGUCUCUGGUCUGCGUUGGGUCUGUGAGGAAAAGGUCAGCUUUCGGUACCGGUUCUGCUCCUGGAACGGACACAUGCUGAGGAUGGAAGGCAGAGGAUACCGGCCUGCAGGUCCGUUAAUGGACAUCACCGUCUUCAGUGGGAAGAUGAUGGAGGUGCAGCUGCCCCACUGGGUCUGCAUCGAUGGUGUUCCUCAGUUACUGGAGAACUUUGCAGUCCUACAUGUGAAUGACAGCGGAGAUGUUUUGGAAAAAGUGACCGGGGUCACAGCGACGCAUGUCAGAAUAAGAGAUCCUGUUUUCUCUUUGUUAGCAGCUCUGAUAAAUUAUUUUUUCCCUCCAAAAAUCACCUGCAACACAUUGAUUUACUAUCAGCCCAAGACGCCGUUCCUCAAACUGCACAUCUACCUGAUCCCACUGGACCCUGCACUGAAACUGUUUUCUUUGUCUUCAGUUGAUAAAAUCCAGGAGAAACAUCUCGACUGUUUGCUGUCCUCACAGUCAAUCCACAGAGAAGAAACCUCCCUCGGGUAUGAAGUCAUCAAGAAGCCGCGGCCAGACACGCCUCUGAAGAUGGACCGUGUCUUCGCUCUCAAAGCUACCGUAGAGACCGCCAAAAUUCAGCCCCCGAAAAUGACUCUGAGGCACGACAGCCAGGACCCAAACUUCUACGAGGUUUUCAUUCAGAAUCCAGACAGAAACUUCAACCUUGAGCUGCUGCAGACUUGUUCAGAAAAGGUUUGGCACUGCGAGAUCCGGAAAGAUGAUCAUCCCAAGUCUGGUUCCUUUGAAGCAGGAGGCGCUCCAACAGAAGCUGCUGCUGUGAAGACAGAAGGGGAGCACUUUGUGGACAGACACAGAGAAGAGUUGAUCCAAAGAGUCACCAACAUUGCACCCAUCUUAGAUGGACUUUUACAGAGGAACGUUAUCCUGCAGGAAACUUAUGACCAAAUAUUGCGUCUGCAGACCACUCAGUCUCAGAUGAGGGAGAUCUUCAUCUGCCUGAGAGCUGGUGAUGCCUGCAAAGACAUUUUCUUCUCCAUCCUUCAGGAGAAAGAGGGAUUCGUCAUCAAUAACCUCACCUGACUGAAGGAACCGAUGAGGGGGAACCAUGGACGGUUCUAAGGGUGGGUCAGAGGGGUCCUGGUUCCUGCUGACGUGACGUUCCUUAUUUACAGAUCAGUAAAAACCAAAACAUUCAACCUUUUAUCUUUGAUCAUCAGUUAACGGUGGUUAGCUGCACAUGCAGUGAUCUGUUUUCAGACUUUGUUUAAACUCAAUGAAACAUUUUGAUUAAACAAGAAUUUCCCUUUGGAAAUAAAUGUGUAAUAAUUAUUGUUGCUGUUAGUCAUAUUAUGUUUUGUAUGUGAGAAGUUUGAUUUAUUUUAGCUCCUACUUGAUGUGAAGCAGAUUUUUCAGCAGAAACUGAGAAAUUUCUUUAACAGGAACCACACUGAAAGAUGUUGGCCGGGUCGGGUCUAAAGCUUGCAGAGUUUUUGCCUCUCAAUCCACGAGGACUUGAACUUGGCCUUAGCCAAUCCUGUUUCACCGUAAUGUAAUGUUUAUUUUUUUGUCAGGAAUAAAGUCCUUCUUAAAGUUG